AUGAUUCGGGCCAUCUGUCCCAUUUGUGUUCUUGUCUUUGCGCUCCUCUUUGUAUGCAUGGAUGCACAUCCCGAAUCGCCAGGCCGCUCAAGGCGAGCUCCUGCUGCCAAAGUGCGACUGGCAGGUAUCGGCCACAGAGAAAACGAGGGACGAGUUGAAGUCCUGCACAACGGGACGUGGGGCACCGUAUGCGACGAUGAGGUCGACAUUAAACUCGCUAAUGUGCUUUGCAGGGAACUGGGUUUCCAAAGUGGCAUAACAUGGGCGCACAGUGCCAAGUACGGGGAGGGAGAAGGCCCCAUUUGGAUGGAUAAUGUGAGGUGUGUAGGAACGGAGAAAACUCUGAAAGACUGCAAGUCGAACGGAUGGGGUGUUCAUGACUGCAAGCACUCUGAGGAUCUCGGGGUGGUCUGCAGUCCAGAGAGAAGGCUGGACCAAGUGCAUCCUGGAGUCACCAGAAGAGGGCACACCAUCUCUCUCAGGCCAAACGCAGUCACCUCGAACCGUUGGCAGGACAUUUACUCCAGUUCAAGGACACCUGCACAUCUCAGACCAGGCAACGGACAUUCCCAGGAUCAUACUAGAUGGGAUCAAUUCUCCAGACAGCAGUUUCAUAAUCCGUCUGCCAGUAGGGUGAAGAUCGAGGAAGUCCGUCUCAAGCCGAUCUUGAUGGUUACAAAGAAGCAUGCUCUUGUUACGGAGGGUGUGGUGGAAGUAAAGCAUGCUGGGAGAUGGAGACAGGUGUGUGAUAAAGGCUGGAGUCUGAACAGCAGCAGAGUUGUGUGUGGGAUGCUUGGCUUUCCUGACGCGGAGCAGCCCAACAUGAAUACCUACAAAAAAAUAUGGGAUAAGAAAGUCAAGGAUUCAACAACAAGAUUGAGUCAGAUGACCAAGAAGAAGGGAUUUUGGGUUGAGAAAGUACAUUGCCUGGGCACAGAGCCGAGUCUGGCGGAGUGUCAUGCCCAGCUAUCAAUCCCUCGAAACCCGGGCCCCUGUAAGAACGGUCGCCAUGCAGUGGCCCGCUGUGUCCCAGGACCACAGUUUGCUCGUAUGUCCUCUGGCAGACCCCAGGCACCUCACCCUGCAGAGCUGUCAGUGCGUCUGAAGGCAGGACCACGUCUGGGAGAAGGAAGAGUCGAGGUUCUCCGUGAGGGAAAGUGGGGAACCGUGGUUGACCACCGGUGGGACCGGAUCUCAGCCAGCGUGGUGUGCAGAGAGCUGGGCUUCGGCACUGCCAAAGAGGCUCUUACCGGAGCAUACAUGGGUCAAGGGACGGGGCCGAUCCACAUGAACUCAGUGCAGUGCACUGGCACAGAGCGCUCCAUUUUGGAUUGUUACUUCCAGGAAGUCCCUCCCUGGACAUUCAAACACAGCCAGGAUGCUUCUGUCAAAUGUUAUGUUCCUAAGACAGGCUUUGAGACCACGGUGCGGUUGGCGGGCGGCAGGGACCCGGCUGAGGGUCGUGUAGAGGUGCUCAUGGAGGUGGGGGGCAGAAAGCGCUGGGGCACGAUUUGCAGUGAGAACUGGGGAAUAAAUGAAGCCAUGGUGGUAUGCAGGCAGCUGGGCUUUGGUUUCGCCGCACGGGCCCAUCAGGACACAUAUUAUUGGCAAGGAGACCCUGCAGCUGAAGAAGUGCUGUUGAGUGGGUCUCACUGUGUGGGAACAGAAAUGUCCAUCCAGCAGUGCCGUCGUAACAGUUACGUCCACUGCCCUCGAGGAGGCGGAGCUAAAGCAGCAGGCGUCACCUGUUCCGAAACGGCACCUGACCUGGUUUUGGAUGCGCAGCUCGUGCAGGAGAGUGCUUACCUAGAAGACAGGCCUCUGCACCUGCUCACCUGUGCGCAUGAGGAGAACUGUCUCUCCUCCUCUGCCAACCGCAUGCAGUGGCCGUAUGGGCACCGCCGCCUUCUGCGUUUCUCCUCCCGUAUCAUGAACUUGGGCAGAGCCGACUUUCGUCCACGUGCCUCAAGAGAGUCCUGGACCUGGCACCAGUGCCACAGGCAUUAUCACAGCAUUGAAGUGUUCACACAUUAUGACCUCCUCACACUCAACGGAAGCCGAGUGGCCGAAGGACACAAAGCCAGUUUCUGUCUGGAAGACACCUACUGCCCUGAUGGACUUCAGAAGCGCUUUUCAUGUUACAAUUACGGAGAUCAAGGCAUUUCGUUGGGUUGCUGGGACACUUACCGCCACGAUAUCGACUGCCAGUGGAUAGACAUCACUGAUGUCAGACCUGGAGACUACAUCAUGCAGGUUGAGGUAAAUCCGUCGCUGGACAUGGCUGAAUCAGAUUUUAUGAACAACGUCAUGCGUUGUCGAUGUAAAUAUGAUGGACACAGAGUGUUUAUGUAUGGCUGUCAUGCAGGUGAUGCCUACAGUGCUGAAACUGAAGAUUUAUUCGAACAUCAGCGUCAGAUCAGCAAUAACUUCAUUUGAGCCUGGUAAAGAGAGGUGAGAGGAGAGGAUGUUCAUUAAUGGCUCCCAGAAA